GUGAUAUAGAGGGCACAUUCAAAUUGCACUACCCUUUAAAUGAAUCCAAAUUCGAUAUUAAUUCAUAUAAUAACUAUCCUUUAUAUCGCUUAAUUUAGUUUUUCCCAUUUAAGUUCAUCCAUGAAAGUCCUACUAACUUCUAGCAUUAGAGGUCAUUGAUCGAUUGGUAACGCGACUGAUGAAAAACUUAUGUCGACUUUAGCUCUUUUGUUCGAACAUCGUCCUUGCCGAAUCUAUAUCUAUUGUGGCUAGUUUUGUCUCAUGUCUGACUGCAUUACCCUUCCCGACAGCUGAUAGCGAGUGUGACUCUGUUCCCUUUCCACGGAGCGCUUACCAUGCACCGCACACAGCGUACGUUUAACCAAGAUGGCCGCGCUCACACGGAGCUAUUAGAACGUUCUCCGACAGGCCAGCCCAUCGUCCAAUGAAAUGUUGAUCAUAAUAACUGGCCGAAAAUAACGCAGCCUAAGUAGUUUUGUUGUAUGUGCAUAGGCGGUGCAAUUUCUCUGGAGACAGCUUACUCAAGAAAUACAGUGAUGAGUAAGUUGGAGGUGCUUCGGUGUCCAGUACAAACGUACCACUGGGGUAAAACCGGAGAAAGGAGUCUCGUGGGGCGGCUUUCACGGUCUGGAGGUCACACAUUGGAUGUUGUUGAUACAACGCCGUAUGCCGAACUUUGGAUGGGAACUCAUUCCUCAAAACCUUCGUUGCUGCAAGACGGCAAGAAAUUGACCGAAGUGGUAAAUGGUCAAGGACUUAGCUUUCUGCUCAAAGUGCUAUCGGUUGAAACGGCGUUGUCAAUACAGGCUCAUCCGGACAAAGUAUUGGCUCGUGAGUUGCGAGCACGGGAUCCUGACCAUUAUCCUGACAGCAACCAUAAACCAGAGGUUGUCAUUGCGCUGACCAAAUUCGAGGCUUUGUGUUGUUUCCGGCCACUGGAUCAAAUCAACGCGUUUGUUCUAGGAAUCCCAGAGCUGUGCGAAGUUGUGGGCCCAGCACCGAUUAGUUGCAAGGAGGAUCUUCGUAGGGCAUUCAUCGCGUUAAUGACAUCUCCGAGAGAAAUCUUUGAGCCCGCGCUUGAAAAGCUGUUGGCCAGACUUGCAGACCCCGAUGCUUCUGAAGUAGUGCCUGACCCUCUACGCGACGUAUUGUUACGGGUGUCCAAGCAGUACCCAGGCGACAUUGGCUUGUUUAACCUUUUCUUUUUUAACUACUUAAUUCUUGAGCCUGGAGAGGCGCUUUUUCUCGAUGUGAAUGAGCCGCAUGCGUACCUGAAUGGUGACUGCAUCGAAUGUAUGGCGACAUCAGAUAACGUUGUACGCGCUGGCUUAACUCCGAAAUUCAAGGACAUCGACACGCUUGUCAGCAUGCUUAGUUACGAACCCGCAAAGGAUCCCAGGUUACAACCCGAAUCGAUUGAUAACAACGUCGCGCGUUUCAGGCCUCCAGUGGACGACUUUGCCGUGAUGCGAUUUUCCCUGAAAAGCGACAGUGAGUCGGCAAAGCUUCAGCUAACGAAGCGAUCCGGUAGCAUUUUGAUUAUUAUUGAAGGCAGCGGUAAGCUUGUAUCAAACGGUAGUGAGCUGGAGGUUCACGAAGGCAGCGUCGUGUUCAUACCUGCCGGAUGUGAGGUGUCUGCUCAGGGAAAGCUUCUUCUGUUCCAGGCAUAUACUCCCUAAUGAUCCGUGACAAGAGCGCGUGUAAUUUAAUAAAGUUGAAUUAGGUACUGGAAGAUUCAUCAAUGACAGCUAACCGCUAGAAUAAAUAUAAUAGAUUUGCUGAAGCGGGCACAGAAAUAUAUACGGCCGUGGAACAUAUCUCUGUUAAAAAAAGUGCAUCUCUGUAGAAAUGGCUGAAUUCCUGCUCAUCUAUUACUCUAACUGACGACUGAGAUACAGUGGAAGCGAAUGAGAUCUGUUAGAUUUACUACUACCUCUACGAGUAUCUGCUAAUGUUAUGUCUGUUUUAGAGAUUUAAUAUAUGUUUCAUUGAUAAUGGCUCUCAAAUUUAGCUUAAACAUAGCACAAUAUAGUAACUUACACAGAAUUGAUUAUAUAUAUUUCUUAUAUAUUUAUAUAUAUAUAUAUAUAGUUAUAUAUAUAUAUAUAGUUAUAUAUAUAUAUCGUGAUUAAUGUAGCUUAAUUUUAACGCAUUAAAUUCACUAGAGAAAACAAGCUUUCUUUCCAUAGGUCUACAACUUGGAAGCCGUUUUAGCCGUUUAGCAUUUUUAGUCAGUAUUAAGAGGAGAACGGAUUUCUUGCUGACCAAGUCAGUAUUUUACAUAUAUAUAUAUAUAUACUAGGAAAAAGCUACCUAUUCGACUACGGUUGACUAACGAGAGUUCUAGUCUUAAUUAUGUUUUCCGACCAAUUAAAGCUAUAUCUAUAUAUACAUAGGCCGUAGAUAUGGUUUUGUUUUGCCUUUAUACAGUGUUUGCAAGAUUAGUUUAAUCAGGAUUCCAUCACAGAGUAUUGAAGGAUAAGCUUUAUCAAGCAUUGUAAGUUUUAAGGAUAAGUUUUAUCAAGAAUGUUUCAUUUAAGAAAAGAAAUUAAGGAAUAAAUAUCACUGGCUCGAGACUUUAGCGUUCUGAGUAAUACUGUAUCUCCAUAUUUAUAUAUAUACAAUAUACACUGUAUAUUGUAAGAAUAAUAAUAAAAAAGAAG